UGGAAAGGAACAGCCAUCCAACCAGAAGUUGAAGUAAAAAGACAUGAGACCUUCCAUUGCCGGCCACGCCCAUCUUCUCCGAUACGAGGAUAGGAAAGGAUGUGAUGAAAUGACACCUAAUUUGCAAGAGAUCAGCGACUCACCGAUACUCCCAUAGGUGUCAAGGAGUUGGAUAUUUGGAAUGGGAUGAUUUGGGAAUCACUAUAAGCGAGUGAUGCAAAAAGAUUCAGAUUGUGUAAGUGUAUUUGAGUAAAUCAUGUAGAAGUGUUAGAGUGAAAGUGCAUUAGUAUAUUUAAACACCAGCGUUGCGAGUGACAUAGCUAAGAAAUGUUGAGACUCCAUGGGCCUUUCUUGAUUCCGGGAUGGGGCACAGGCAUUUACACUGUGUCCUGGCUAACAAGCCUAGGCUUAAGCGCCAUUGAUCGCUCUCUGAAACGAUCGGAAACACGUUAUGUGGAUGGGAAGGGAUAGUAGGGAAGGGAAAACUAUUUAGCGAGAUGCCAGCGACUCAUCGACGCCCUCGAAAAUAGAAAGGAAAUAGGAUUUUGGUAUAGGAAUGGACAGGAAUUCAGUAUGAUAAUAUGUAGCGAAUUUUCAAUAUAUAUAUGAAGUCAAAAACAGACAUGUGACAUACCGUCAGUGGGGGUGUCAUUGGGCCAAAAUUGCAUAGUACAUCUCUUUGUGGAUCGUUACAACAAUAUUUUAGCUCUAAAUCAAUGUUGAACUCGGUAGACACGUUCAUUUUUAUACUGUUUAGGAUUGUUUAAAGUGAAAAUGUUUUAACUUUAAUUUUUACAAUGAUAUAGCUUAAAUGAAAUUACAGGCAUACCUCGAUAGUACGUACACCACCGCUUCGUUUAGUGUACGUACUAUCGAAAUGUACGUACUAUCGAAUCACAAAUUUUUAUUUUAAAUUUAAUUUUCAAAUCAAAGAAUGUUAUUUCUAGAACGUCAGGAUUGCCAAAAAAAUACAUGUGGCCUAAGGGUCCAUUUAUUAAUUACGUAAUUUUGCUUGUUCAGGAUCCUAGCUUUAUUGGAAAAAUCUUCUUGUGCUCUGGGGAUGCUUCGUAGAGGCAUCUCGUCUCUGGGAACUUAUAUUGAUUUUACUUGAAAUUUCUUUUAGAACCAUUCAAACUGGUCUAGAUAUAAUAAAAUCGAUCUAGAUCAGUUAUAUCUUGUUAUAAAACAUUCUAGAAGUAUUUUCUCCUGCAACAUAUAUUGCCGUGAUAUUUUCAAAAUCUUCUGUACAUUGCUCCUUCUAGGACACCUCCAAAAGUUUUUUUUUACGAAAUGUGAAUCCUAGAGGUAUCCCGGAGCUCUUGGAGGAAUCCCGGAAUUCUUGGGGGAAUUCAAGGAAAAAUUGUUUGAAGAAUCUUAGUAAGAAUUUCUGUAGAAAUCUCGGAAAGAAUUUCUGGAGGAAUCUUGGAAUGAGUUCAUGGAGAAAUCCCGAAACGAAAUUCCUGGAAGUAUUCAGGAAGAAAUUUCUGAAGAAAUCCUGGAAGUCCCGAAAGUAUUACAGAAGAAAUUCUUGGUGAAGUUUCGGAAGGAAUCUCUGGAGAAAUCUCUGAAAGAGACCCUGGAAUCUCAUUAGGUAUCGCAGAUGAAACUCCUGGAAGAAUCCCUAAGGAAUCCCAGAAAAAAAUCCGGGAGAAAUCUCGGAACCAACACCUAGAGGAAUUUCGGAACUGAAAGAAACUUGGAACUUGAAGAAAUCCCUAAAGCAAGCGAGAAAGCGAAAUGUCUUUCCCUGAAACCCACAAUUCGGGUUUACCCAGAAACAAUUGAAUUGGUAUAGCCUAUAGGACAAUGCAAGCCGCGGUUGCUAAAGAAUUUUUUUCUAAGUUUUUGAUGUUUUGUGACCGUUUUGUUUACGUUCGGACUUCAAGAGAUUUCUUCCAGAAUUUCUCAAGAAGUCCCCGGAAUCCUCCAGGAAUUUCAUCCGAGAUUCUUCGAAUAGUUUCUUCUAGGAUGUCUCUGGAUUUAUUUUUAGGGCUUCCAGAUGGUAUUUCUGGAAAUUCUAGCAACUUCACCCAAAAUUUCUCUAGGAGUUCUUUCGGAAAUUGUAUCAGAAAUUCUUACCGAGAUUCCUUCAAAAACUCCUUGCAACAAUCCGUAAGGAUUUAUUCGUGGAAUUUCAUACGAGAUUCUUAGAGCUUCUUUUAGGAAUUCUUUUAGAUACUGAUUCCAGGAUUUCUUCGAGAACUUUUUCAAGGAAUCAUCUAGGUACUAUGUUUUGGUUUCUACCAAGAGCACCGUCAGGAAUUCCUACAGACUUUUCUGGAAUUCUUUCAGGAAAUCCUCCUGGAGUUCAUUAUGAAUUUUCGGAGUAUUUUGUUUAUAUUUCUUAUGUAGUUUCUGUAAUAAACACAGGAAAAAGCAACUUAGUUAUAUCGCCAUCCUAGAGGAAUUCUAGAAUACGUUUGUGGAGAAACCAUGGAAGGAAUACCUGGAAGAGUUUCAGGAAAAAAUACUAAGGUAAUCCUAGUAGAAGUAAUGCUGCAGGAAUCUCGAAAUUAAUUUCUACAGAAACCCAGGAAUCUCUGGAAGAAUCUCGGGGAACUUGCACAAUCUGGAACAAUCCUGGAAAGAGCGGAACCUCAGAAAAAAAAACUCCUGGGAAAACCCCAGAGGGUACUUCUGAAGGAAUCCUAAAUAAACUUCUGGAAGAAUUUCAUCAAGAGCUUACGGAAUCCCAGAAGAAAGCGCUGGAACAAAUUCGUGGACAAACCACGAGGGGAGUCCCGGAUGGAAUUCUUGUGGAAUCCCAGAAGUAGCUCCAUGAGGUGAGCCACCAAGCCACCAUCCAGUUAUAAAACAGCGCACGUACGCAUAACCCCCAUUUUGAAUAAAAUCCAACCACACAUGAUAAGCUAACGAUUUUUUUAUAAUGCGAGAGCUGUGAGAGUCCGAAUCGUAGGUAAACAACAAAGCCACGAAACGUCAAAAACUAAGAACAUUUUCCUUAGCAACCGCGGCUUGCAGUGCCCUACGCUUAAAUUUCCGAACUCAUGAAAAACUGUCAAAUAUUUUAUAUGUAUCGCAGAAAUAACGUUAAUUGUUGGAAAACGAAAAAAAAACAAGUGAACUGAAAUCAAUUGUUUGGGUAAAUAACUUGAUGCGUUUGAUUCAUGUUUUGGAGAGCAAUCUUCGCCGAGAAAUUUAGAUUUUUUUUUCAUUACCACACAAAAUAGAACCAUCAUGUGCCUUUUUAUUUUAUUACAACGUUGCUUAUAGACCACUAAGCUGAGAAGCAGUCCUCCCCAGUUGGGAUGUAUCGCCAGAAUGAUAAUGCCAGAUAUUAUGGCUGGCAGAAAACAGCUCUGUUAGCGAAGAAUACUGCAAUCAUUACAUCAAACGUAUUCGUUCAUGCCUUUUAUUUCGCUAUAUUUUAAAGCUGUUUAAUGCAUAGGUUCCCAAACUUUUUAGGUGCGCCUUUUGCCAGUUGACGUGCUUUCGGCAACCCACCAUAGAAAUUCCCUCAUUUGUUGUCUGUUACAGUAAAUUAUUCAACUGACCCUCGCGACCCCCUGGAUGAAGGCCGGCGACUCCCCGGGGGGAGGGGUCGCGACCCACAGUUUGGGCAACCAUGGUUUAUCGAAAAUCCGUGUUAUAGGAGUCUGCAUAACACAAAUUCAUAGUAUCGGAGUCUCUGCUAUACGUCUACUAAUGAUUCGAACUCAUUUUUGUAGAUUAAAAAUUAACUUAAUUUUAGUGUACGUACUAUCGAGGCAAAAUGUACGUACUAUCGAGGGUACGUACUAUCGAGGGUACGCACUAUCGAGGGUACGUACUAUCGAGGUACGCCUGUAGCCCAAUUCCACCCCUUCUAGGGGAUGACAUUGGGCCAAACACUAAAAUUCAAACAAAACAGUUCAAUGUGAGAUAAUAUCGCUUGAAAAUCGAAACUAUCAAAUAUAUAGAUACUUGCCCACAACCUCUCAAUGUCUAGUCACUUCCAAAUAACAUCACAGACAAAUAAACGUGACAAUUUUACCACAUUCAUUGUAAACGAUCAACGUUCCUACACAAUAUAUCCGCUAUCCCAUAAAUAUAACUCCAUCUAACAUUCUCAAAAGACGAAAGUAAUAUUUCUUUAUCAUCUGCCUAGCAACUGAUAUGCGUGAAUUUUAAUUUUGCAUGAAUCUAACAUUUAUUUCCAAAAUUUUACACCGUAUUAUGCAUAAAAAAAUGUGAAUACUCUCAGUCGUUUUAAUUCACAUUUGUAAGGUUCUCGUACUGAUUGCAUUGCUUUUAUAUGGCCCAAAGUCACCCCAAAACGAAGUAUUUGUACUACAGCUUGAGUAAAUAAGUUUUUCAUGCAAAAUAGCAUACAAAACCAAGAAAACUUAUUAUACUUUUCAAAACAACUACCCAACACACCGAGAAAACAGUAAUUCAUUACAUUUUCGGUUUUCAGCUGUUUUAUGCUGGGCAUUUUAAAACAACGAUAUUGUACAGUACGCCUAACCAUAAAAUUCACAUCAAGUUUUCUUAAUAGAAAAUUGACUAAAUGUGACUUUUUUCUACAUCGGAUGGUCAACGCAAGUUAUAUUUACCGCAUACCAUCCACUUUUUGAUAAUCACUUUGAUAAAUUUUAGUAUUUUGAGCGAAACAUCUUUCUUGAUUUUUGGCCCAAAGUUACCCCCCAGGCCCAAUGUCACCCCGACUUUCGGUAUUUGGAAAUAUUCUAGGAUAUUACCACUUUCAUUUACCUGAUGAAUUAACCUGAAAAGAAAAAUUAUUCCAGUAUGAGCAAAAAGAGAAGAAACCCCUUGAAGAAUCUCUAGAAACUCCAAGAGGAAGCUCCAAAGCAACUCAUGGAAAGAAAUCUGGUAAGAUUAUACAAGAAACUCUUGAUUAUCAUCCUAAAGCAAUCUCUGGAGGACCUCCUACAGGAAUCUCUGCCCAAGCAACACGACUUGUUUCAAAGCCAGUACCAGCAACAUCAGUGCAAUUUAUUCACUGUUCAAAUUAAGGACAACAGAACACAAUUGCUUCUUCUUUGAAACGCAAAAAGCGCAAAUUUUAAAUCGUUAUGCAACUUGAGCUAGGGGGAAAGAUAAAAAAAUGAAAAAAAUAUAUUCAGACUCGCACCAUGGACACCAGGAGUAUUAACCACUCACCUUACAUACUACACCAGAAGCUCUGUGAAAGAAUUGCUGCUCAUUGCACCAUAAAAGCAACUGAAGUUACGCGUUACUUCAUUGUACCGCCUUUGCCACAAGUUAGAAAGCUGUCAAAAUGAAAAGACGCGCAAGUUUUCCGCAACACAUUUGGAACCUAAUCUGAACAAACAAACCAGAGUAAGAUGUUUCAUGUGUGUUACAUAGCACAUUUAAUGCAAGCUGACUGUAUUGCCACUUGUGAGGAAUAUGUAAGCUCCGCCUCCAUAAAUCGAUGUUAAAUACAAUGUUAUUUGUAAUUCCUAUGAAACAAAGCUGCAACUUAACGAUAUUCGGAGUUUAAAUGCAACUCAACUGACAAGAUGGAAGUUGCGUGCGCUUUUAUUGCAACUCUUUUAGACCAAAGCAUAGGAAACCACAGGGCCCAUAUAGCCGAGGCGGUAAACGCACGGGUAUUCAGCAUAACCAUGCUGAGGGUGACGGGUUCGAUUCCCGGUCGGUCCAGGAUCUUUUCGUGAAGGAAAUUUCCUUGACUUCCUUGGGCAUAGAGUAUCUUCGUGCCUGCCACACGAUAUACACAUGCAAAAUGGUCAUUGGAAGAGGAAGCUCUCAGUUAAAAACUGUGGAAGUGCUCAUUGAACACUAAGCUGAGAAGCAGGCUUUGUCCCAGUGAGGACGUUACGCCAAGAAAAGGAGAGGAUAGAAAACCACAUUUUGGAUGAUGUUGCAGGUGCUGCUUGGGUGAUAAAUGGUCAGGAGAAAUGUACUUCUGGAGAGAUCCCGCAAGGAACUCCUGUUGAAUUCCGCUCUAAAAAUUCCUAUAAAAAUUCUCCAACGAACCCCUGCAGGAACCUCUCACGGAAUAAUCUAUGAAUGGCUCCUGGAGGAAUCCCUUAAGAAACUCAUGUAGGCAUUCGUAAGCGAACUAUUUUGGAAUCCCUGAAAAUUAUCUUGGUGACAUCUGUUUGAAGUCCUUUAAGAAUUCCAGAUGGUUUCGCUAGAGGAUUCCCUAAAAAAACCGAAUGAAUGUCUGAAGGAACUUGGAACAAAAUAUUUAUUGCGAAGUGCGUUCCCUACCCUGGUUUCUUCUUUUUUAUAGGAAUGACGUUCAAUGUCAUACGCAACACUUAACCACUCAAUUUGAAAUUCAUAAACUUGAUUUAGUAAAAGGGAAAACUUUGCACAAAUCGUUAGUUUUGGUGUUAAUCAAGAAAUUUAAUCACGAGUUGGCUGAAAAUUAACUUGGAUGCUUUCGACUGCUGGGAGUUCGUACCGGGAGACUUUUUCGGCUUUCAGUCUUUAGAGCGGCCAGAACUAAAGCAUGUUUUCUACGCCCGACGUUUCGAUUGUAUAUUCAAUCUUCUUCAAGGGUUCUAUAAUAGAAUUGGACUGAGUUACACUAACAAAGAUACACAUAAUUACAUUUGCUUACAGAAAAGUUUAGUUCUUUGUCUGGUGGAUUGUUUUUGGUCAUUCUCGUCAAGCUUUUGGUGUCAUCAAUCACCUAAAAUUAAUUUUCAAAACGAACACAUUAGACAUCUCACAAUAUUCAAAAUAUAACAUUCACUAACUAUUUUACUGGACAAAACGGAAAAAAACUUGGUAACGGUUCACUACUUUGUAUUGUUUCUAACUAUUCAACUAUUCUAACUAUUUUACGAUUUCAACCGUCAUUUUGUAAAACUAUUCUAUAGAAGUGGGUCAAAUAUUGAAUGCAAGUUUAGUGGGUAAAAUGUCUAUUGGGUGUCAUUGUCAUUGUCAGUAGUGUUCGUCAGAUUAUUAUUAUUUGUCUGUCAAUCUACAUGAUUUGUUUUGAUUUUUGUCCUUAGUGUAUGUAAAAUUCCUGCAUAUGUUGUACUUAAACUAUCACAGUCGCUUCGUUUGUUUACUGUUUUUUUUUUUGGUGUUGAUUAUAUGGCACACUUCUAAAACAGGGAGAGCGGAGCACCGUCGAUGUGAAUCUAGUAUCUCCGUAUGGUCCAAAGCGAAACGAUGGUUGUUGCAAUAAUAAACAUAUCUUCACCGUAUUCGUCAUGGAAACCCCUAAUCCGCUAUUGUCGUGGAAGCAAGAUCUUCACAAGGAAUACAACAUUAUUCUGUUUGGCGAAACCGGCUCAGGCAAAUCAACUUUGAUAAACUAUCUGACGAAUUAUUUCCAUAACGGUACACUCGAGAAUUUGAAAAUUGCCAUUCCCACGAAGCAUUAUGAGGCAACUGAGGGUCUACAGCACCCCGAUGACAACGUUCAAGAUUCUUCAAAUGGUCAAACUAGAGCCUGUACUGAAUAUAAUUUCAAAAAAGAGGACACGACAUUCAACUUUAUUGACACCCCAGGGCUCAGUGACAGCAGAGGGGCGGCUCAGGAUGACUUCAAUAUUCAGCAAAUUAUGGGAGCUGCGGAGCAGAGUGGCGUGUUGACCGCAAUUAUCCUCGUUAUAAAUGGAACGCAGACCCGAGCCACUGUAACACUACGCAACACGUUGUGUCUGUUGAGAAGCUCAAUUCCAGAUGUCUUUCAGCAGAAUCUCGUUGUUGUUCUAACAAAUUGUUCUGCUGUUACCGUCAACUUCGAUCUGGCGCAUUUGGAACCUUGGACUAUUGCUGGGACGAACGUUUUCCAUAUGAACAACUGUGCCUUCAGUAGACCAGUAUCACAAUGGAUAAACAACGAGCGUAUGAAGAAAGCUAUGGAACAUGAAUGGCAAUGCUCAAUGGAAACUAUCGAAGAAUUGACCCAAAACUUGAAGCAGCUUGGUGGCAAAGCCACCGAGGCUUUUAAACAAAUGCGUCUCAAGAAAAACUUAAUAAAAUCGCAGCUACAUGGCAUUUUUUUGGAGGUGAAGAAAAUCCAAGAUCUUCAAAACGAACUAGAUUUUAUGAAAACCACACAGCAAAAUAUAUCCGCCGACAUUGAAAAAUAUUCCGACUACAAGCGAACAAGGCAAGUGGAAUAUACGGAAUUGGAACGUAGUAUUUUUGUCAGAAAAUUCUGCGUUGUAUGCUUGACGCCAUGCCAGGACAUACCCUCAUCGUUCUCAUUGCCCCACACAAUACCGUUUUAUAGAGACGUAACUAACCUUGUAGAAUAUAUUUUCAGAGGAAAAUGUCACUGUGGCCAUACACCGUUCAGUCAUUACGAUUGCAAACUUCAGUCAGUCAUGAAAACAGGAACCGUCGAAGAAAUUGUUCAAGAUGUGAAAGAAACCUAUGAUGAUAGCGUGAGCAAAAACAAGGCAAUACAGUCUAAAAUUGGCAGCCUGGACACCGACAUCGCUGUACUGGGAUAUGUUUUUGAUUUAAAAGAAGCCGAAAUACGGGAAUGUUACCAUGAGCUCAAGAAGCUCUGCUCGCAGUUUAACUUUGUGCACGAGGUCCAGGGCAUCAUGGACGACAUGGAGAGAGAUGCCCGUACGCUUGCUUCCAUCGCGGCAAGGACUGAUGCUGAGAACAGAAUUAGAAGCAUCAAACAGUUGGUCGAUACGCUGUCAAAGGCUGAGAUGAGUGACUAGAACGCAAAGAAUAACGCAAUAAAGUAUCUAUUUUCGUUCCAUUUUCAA